AUGUCAGAGACCACCAAGAACACACGAAGGUCACAUUGGAGAGGCCUAAACUUUGCCGGAACAAUCGACUGGGCCGUUGAUCUGCAAAGUUUCACGGAUGACGACUUUCAAGGCCCUACCGGCGAUGCGGUUAAGGAACCAAAAGCCCCGCCACGACCAGAAUGCAAAGGCACAUAUAACAGCAUAGAGGCAAUCCAAGCGAGCCUGGGUAGCAUCCCGGAGGAGUGUGUGCCACAAUAUAUCCUUGAAAUUCUCCAUCACAACCUCACCAGCGCAUUGAGCCGUUACGAUCAAUUAAUCGCCGGUACUUACAAUGAGAGCUUUACCAUAUACGCCCAGGCAGUCGUCGACAGCUCCGGCAAGCAAGUUGACAACUUCAUGCAGAAGCACGGGAACGACUAUUUCACUUGUGUUGUAACGGAAGAGAUCGCCUGUUGCAGCUGGUGUCAUUCGCCGUGGGGCCCUCACGACCCUGUCAACUGCCGAUACUGUGAGGACUUCAAGUGCGGAUGGGAUCCUAUCUGCGAUAACCCUGAAGUACACUGUGAUAUCGAGUACCGGUACCGAAACAUGACCCAACCCUGCCCGCCGGACUUUUCAAUGCGCGGGCAGAAACAGCCCGCGAAGGGGAUGCGGUGGACCCAGUCCGUAUACUGGACGUUGCGAGCCAACAAGGCGGCUCAGUUCUGGGCAGACCUAUACACCGAAACAAGCAUCGAGCAGAAGAACAUCGGCUGGCGAAAUGAGCACCACAUUACAUCAUGCUCGGCCAGUGACAAGCACUGCGCCGAUCGCAACUGGGACUACAAUUACCCCUACCCGAGGGGCUACGAUAAAGAGGACGUCAUCGACCCCAAAGAUGUAGUCGCCAAGGCCCGCCAGAACCUAACAAACCUCAGCCCAGAUUUAGAGAAAGUGAUAAAAGAUAUCAAAGCGGAUCAUUUCCUGGGAAACGUUGAUGAGCUCGUCGAUGCGCUCAGUCUCCCCAUCUCAAUGAUCUCCGACGCUGUGGACAACAUGCACAAGAUCGUCGAGAUCGCGGAAGACAUUCGUGAAGAGAAAAGCAAGGCCAUUCUGCUCGCGUUUCUCAGUGCUAUAUUCUUCUUUAUCCCCAUCAUCGGUGAGGUUGCAAGUGCCGUUCAAUCCCUGGCAACUAUUGGACGAAUUGUUUCUCUGCUGGGGGCCACUGGAAACGCUGCCUUGGAUAUUUACACACUCGUUGAUGAUAAGGAUAAUGCGCCCUUGGCGAUCUGCGGCCUGAUUCUCGCUCCGUUGGCCCUUUUUGAUGCUGUCGCUGUCUCUAAAGCGGCAAACGUGCGGCGGGGAAUGUCAGCGUCGGACAUCAAGAAAUUGGGUGAAGGGACAGCAUGA